CUCAUUUACCGCGUAGAUAUUGAUGAUGAAUGUAAUGUAAACGUUAGCAGGGUCCUGUCCAUAGGAACAUUGGUUUGUCAUAAUCUCAAUGAGUAGUGUUAUACAGUAAGGGAAUACACAUUCGUAAAUUAGUUCUUGGAUUGCAAUACUGUGCUGUGUACUUUCAUUAACUGCACUUUCGUAGCCUUCGGUAACGUUUUUAGGAACAUAUUGCUAACGUUAGCUAAUAGUCAAAUUUUGGAGGUCUUCAUUCUGUUUGGCUACAGUCUUUGCAGUAUUCAUUUAAAUUGACAAGUGGAACGAAAAUAGUUAAGCGCAAUGGCAAACAUUUGCUUUGAAAGACGUGCCCUUGUGGAAAUUCCCGAACCACAGCCGAAAAUUGCAGGCCACUUGCGGAGGUCAUACUUGGAUGUGUUAAGUACUCGUGUGGGGGCCCAACCAAACAGCGCAGGCUCGCUGACAAAACGCGCCCGCCCAUUGGUUGCCUGCAGACAGCGGCAGUGGGUUGACGAGAGCGACUCUAGAGGGGAAGAGGUGGAGAAGACCUCCAUGGCACUGUCCAGUCAGCAGCUCGUCCAGCUCCUCAGCUCCCUCAUCCUCCUGGAGCAGAAACAGAAAUGCACAGAGCACACAUUGAAUCUGAGGCCACUGCUGGAGGACUUACUUCAGAAGAAAGCCAAUGUUUACAGAUCCAUCCCCUACUCGCGCUUAGGGUCCAACAGAGAUGCUCACUGUUACAGAAAAGCCUACCCACACCUACUGGCAUUUAAGCGUUCAUGCCAGGAGGGUGGGCAGACGUUGGCACUGCGUGGCGAGUGGGAGUCUCUGGUGGAGUUUGCUCUGACCGGCUGGCGAUACGCCAGCGAGCUGCCCCAGUGGGACACGGCGCACCACAACGCCGUCCGCGAGCACUGCUACACCACACUGGCCCGGCACUGCGGCACGGCACUCCGGCACCACCAGCCGGCGCCCAGCAAAGCCAGAGAAAUGCUGAGGAGAUUAAAAAUGGCACAUGGUCACAAUCAACAGACGUCGUCUUGUGUAGAAGAGCUGAAGCAACUUCUCAAAAACAUUAAAUGAUAGAUUUAAUACUUAAUGCUAGAAUUAUCAAAAUAUAUAUACUCAGAUGGGGUUUUCUCCAUCAAUCUAAAUGAUGGCAUGGCAAUGCCACUGCAAUGGGUCAAGUGCAGACAAACAAGCACAGAUCCAGUCACCUUCGCGUGAUUCGGUGGGUCCAUGGUGACACGAGGGUAACCAGCUACCUAACUGCCUCGUACUCGUUUGACGACCAAACUUUUGAAAUAUUUUUUUUGUGUGUCUUGAGGAUGGCCUCAAGAACUAUGAAUUGUAAGGAAUAUUUUUGUACAUUGAUUUUCUAUUAAUAGUGGAUGUUAAACGUGAAUGUGAGCUGGCCCAGUUGCCUCCUUGUUACUUGAAAUACACAUUUGAUUGUUUUUAAGUCUUGUCUGAAUGUAGGUGUGCUUUGAAAGUGUGUAUGUAUUUAUAUGAAAAAGUAAUGCUUGUGUGUUUUCUUUGUCUUGUCCUGUUAAGUGGCACUUUUCAGUUGUCUUUUUUUCUCCCCUGGAAACUUGAAUUUAAGAUUGAAUAAACGCUAAGUGUUGAAGUAA